UACUCACUUAAUUUCAUUAUAAACUCAUGUUUAAAUGUUCAUGUUCCCUUUGGUGUUUCCCUUCAUGUUUAAAAACAAACGUAAGCAUGUAUGCUUUGUUAAAAACUGGUUCUUGAAAGCGCGCUAGCAUUGGAAAAGGAGCGAUAUAACGGGAAUGAUCACAACGGUACAUUUGAAACACGAAUCAUUGCAUUGUCACACAUAUAAUAUUAAAAUUGUGUUCAGUCAUGACGAAUACGGAUGAACAAAAAAAUGAAAAUGAAAAACAGGACACUGUGUGUAACUGGAUAAUGAGCUUAAAAAUGAAGACACUUUUAAAAGUGUUUCUCUAUACCGUAGUAGGUCCAUUACUCUUAUAUUGCCUGUUCUUUUCCCUUUCACACUAUCAAGAACAUUUAAUCAGGAUACACGCAAAAGUGUUCGAAAAAAAAGAGGGGAAUCCACAGUAUUUUAUAUACGCAAAAAGCAAUGAUACUGAAUAUUUGAAACACGUGUUUAUCGUGUUAGAACGCUUAGGCUUCAAACGGACCUAUAACAGCUCUAGUUGGGAUUUAUUGUGGGCACACGAUUACCCGUUCAGAGUUUUAAGUUCUAACUUAAAUAAAUUACAAGCUCAUCAGCGUGUUAAUCAUUUUCCAGGUUGUGGGUACAUCACUAACAAAGUAGAUUUAUCCACGACAGAAGGACGCUAUAUUUUACCAGCAUUUAAAAUACCAGAACAACAAGACGAAUUUUUAGAAUAUGCCAAAAAAUAUCCUGAGAAAAUGUUUGUAGAGAAAUCAAACGAUCAUCGAGGUAUUAGCGUUAAAAAUGUUGACAAUAUAAAUAUCACGGCAACAGGAUCUUUCGUACAAGAAUUCAUACAACGACCAUUUCUCGUAGAUGGUUAUAAAUUUGAUAUAGGAGUGUAUACUGUAAUUACAUCCGUCGAUCCUCUUAGGGUAUAUGUAUACAAAGGUGAUGCUUUAUUUAGAUUUUGUCCUAUAAAAUAUUAUCCAUUUCAACCAGACGUUUUAGACAAAUAUGUAGUCGGCGAUGAUUAUUUACCAAUCUGGAAUGUUCCAUCUUUAAAACGUUAUUACAAUGAAUUAAAAUUUUCAAUGAAAGAUUCGUUCGAUGCAUAUGUAAAAACGCAAGGAAAGAAUCCUGAAAAAGUCUGGCAUUCUAUUCAUGAAGCAAUUAAUGAAAUUAUUUUGUCGAAAGAAGGUUACAUUAAAGAGGCUAUGAAACGUUUCGGAAAUGGAAGAAAUUUUUUCGAAUUAGUUAGAAUUGAUUUUGCUCUUGAUGAAGAUUUAAAUGUUUAUACUAUGGAAGCAAAUAUGUCUCCGAAUUUAUCUUCAGCACAUUAUCCACCAAACCAGUUACUUUAUGAGCAAGUUAUAUAUAAUUUAUUUGCACUAGUGGGAGUAGGGCAACGAAUCAGAAAAGAUUCCCUGAAAAUAAGGAAUGAGAUGGAAAGACAAAUGGAAGUAGCAGAUAAGAAUUUAAUGGUUCUACCAGAACUAUGCACAGAGUGUGAUGAUUGUUUUCGUGUAGAAUGUCAACUUUGUGGCCCCUGUUUUACACCUGAAACUAAAUUGAUUUUGUCCCAAAGUUAUCUUGAACAUCAGAAUAAAAUGGACUUUCAAAGAAUCUUUCCACCACUUAUAACAAAAGAUAUGGUACUAAAGGAUUAUACAUUAAGAAAUCAGUUACUGAUAAGAUGGUAUCAAGGCAAAUGUGAAGUAGAUCAUUCAUGGUGUUCAUAACUAGAACAUUUUUAGUUUUAAUAUUUUUUACAAAAACCAUACACUU